CUUGCUAGAUACAUUACAAUGAAAUUGUUUAUAUUCCACUUUUCAUUAUUUUAAUAUAUCCCAUAUUUUGAUAAUAUAUGAAUUAGAUGGAUAUACCAUCAACUCCAGAUAUCCAAUCAACAGCAGAUGAUAUAUUUUCAACUUAUGGAUUAGAUGAUUUCGAAGAAUUUCCAAUUGUACCUUUCAUUGGAUUGAGAAAUUUAGGAAACUCUUGUUUUUUCAAUAGUGUUUUGCAGAUUCUCUUUUACUGCCCUGGUUUUCAAAAAUGUCUGACAGAGAUUGCAGAGAAAAUAAAAGAUGGUUCAAUUGAAUGUUCUGGUAAUGCAGUGGACAACGAUGACAAUCUGAAAUUACUUCUGGAAUUGCAAAAGCUCUUCAUUCACAUGAGAAACAAUCAAGAUGUUCUUCUCAAUUCAUCAGAUGAAAUAAUUGACAAAGAAAAUAUUAAAGCCGUGCGACCUGAAGAUUUAAUGCAAAUUUUGAGGAAAGUUUAUCCUGCAUUCGAGCCAUAUACCCAACAAGAUGCCCAAGAAUGUUUGAGAUGUAUUCUCAGUAUUCUGCAAGAUGCAAUGCAACCAUUGGAUGGAGAGAAUAAAAGCGAGAAUUUAUCAAAACCAAUGAUCACUGACAAGACUUGCAAGGUGUUUGGAGGCAGAAAGUUUGGUGACACUGUGGUGGUAUCUAGUACAAAUGAGAAAUCGCAAAGAGAAAAUCAAGAUCCGAAUAUCAAUCCAAUAAAACAAGUAUCCAGGACAACAGCUUCUCGAAAAAAACACAUGAAGACAUUUUUAAGGCGACCAUUGAAAGUGAAAUCCAAUAGCGAAGAACCAGUUCAACAUUUUGGUGGAAAAUCACCUACCAAUGUUGAAUAUAAAUUAAAAACCAACACAAAGUUAAUACGUAAUGAACAUUCAUUAACAGAAAAUGAAAAUAGUGUGAAUGUAAAGAGUUCUGGCUGUUUUGGGAAGUUGACAAAAAGGCAUGUUACCUCAGACAAUAUAGUUCAGAAAAGCAGUUCAUCACUGAUAUCAACACCAACAAAGAGACCAAAUUCGUGUGACAUCACCUCCCUGUCACCUCCAACCAAACGAAAAAAGUUGAAUAUCGGUAACGGAAUAAAAAGUUUUUGCAAACCUUUCUCAUCCAAUUUGAACAAAUCUAAAUUGCCAUGGCAAACUGAUAAAAACAAGUCGUACUCACUAGUGGAAUCUAAUAAGAGUGGGAAACGAAAUCCUUUCAAGGUUAUACUCAAAUCAAGUCAAAACUCACAAUACAAAAAAUUUGAUACAGAAGAUGCAAAGAUUAAUGGUUUUGAAGAUGAAUUUCUUGAACCGGAGGAUUUGAUUGCAAAUGUAAAAGAUCAAUUAGUAAAUGAGAAAGACAUUGACGAAGAGGAAAUCAAAAAACCACUCAAGUUUGUGGAAAAUUUAUUCCAAGGUCUUCUUGUUAAUGAAAUAAGAUGUAUGGAAUGUGAAAACAGCGUCCAGAGAAAAGAACCUUUUAUGGACAUCAGCUUGCCAGUUCGAGAGAGCAGAAAAGCUUUGGCAUUUACUGCAGAAUCUAAUAAAGAAGAAUUAUCAGAAUCAAGUUCUGAUGACGAGGAUGAAGAAUUGACUGACAAUUGUUCUGUUAUGUGGGGAUUAUCUGCUUUCACUUGUCAUGAAAUACUUGAAGGAGAAAACAAGUACUAUUGUGAUAAAUGCUGCAGGUACUCUGAAGGUGAACGCAAACUGCAGUUUUCUAGUCUUCCGCCUAUCCUGACUUUUCAUUUGAAAAGAUUUGCAACUUCCAAACCCCAUGCUGGAGGAGAUGCAUUUUGUGGCACUGUGUCGAAAAUCAAUAGCUGUCUUAGUGUUCCAUUGCAAUUAUGUCUUCACCAAUGGUGUUCUUCUUCUUGUGGGAGAAGUAAAGAAAAGUACAUACUAUUCGGAAUAAUCAUUCACAGUGGUGUAACUAUCUCAAGCGGCCAUUACUUGUCAUAUGUGAGAUUGAUGAACUCAUCUCUUAGUCGAGGAAAGGAAGAUAUGGACGAGCGUCUACAAACAUACGAAGAUAGUUGGUUGGAAGCAGAUGAUGAACGAACCAGAAUCAUUACUCAAAAGGAACUAUUGGACGUUAUUUCACCGACAGAUGUAGAAGGAAUAUCUAGGACUCCGUAUUUGCUAUUUUAUCAUAGAGUUGAUGACAUUUGAGCUUUUGAAACUUGCCUUUUUCCUGUGUUUUGUAGCUUUCCUAUGAAGAACUUGGUUGGACCUUCGCUUACAAUGAUGCUUUAUGUGCUAUAAGUUUACUAAAAAUUUCCUUGUGAUAAUGCCCAGUGUGUUUCAAAUACCAUGUAAGCUGCACUAAGUAAGUAUUGCUUUAAUGUGAUUUUAAAAUUUUAAAAAAAAAAUUCAAGUCUCUAAUUUGUGUGAUGUUUAAAGAUUACAUUGAAUCAAAAUUUGACAUUUUACAUUCACUUAAGAUCAAUUUGUAAAACUGUGUUUCUUUUUAGAGACAGGAAAAACUGAAAUUGAAUUUUAGAAUUUUUUUGGUUGGGUGACACUGACAUAUCUUUCGUUUUUUUAUUUUUUAUUUGUACACUCGCUCAUUCAAUGGAGAUGUAUUUCAUCAUCAUUUACUCAAAGGAGGUGGUGGGUGAGAACAAUUUGGUUGUUCAGAUGAACAAUUCUUUUUUGUGUAAGAAGAAUACACUGUCAUGAUUAUCUCAUUAAUGCGUCUAUUCGAAAUGAAAUAAUUUUAGCAUGGCAAACCCAUUGAUCUAGUCAUUUCAGUCAGUAUUAUCAACUAACAAAAACCUCAUAUUAUACAUUUUUUUGUUGUAGUUUGCUCAAACUCGUGAGCAAAACUGGUAAGUGCAUCAUUGUUGAUAAAUUUGUUGAAAUUGGACUGAAGUUCUGAUGUGUGAUUCAUUUCUUUGUGGACGAAUACCAAGCCAAUGUGUUUCAAUUUAUAUUUGCUCAGAAAUCAAAAGAAACUACUGCCAGGAACAAAAUUAAAAAAAAAAAUUUUGAAAAAUGAACUGCUUUUUAAUAAUUAUUCAUUUAUUCAUGUAUGAUUUGUUCAAAUUGAACUACUGCCAGGAAAAAUAAAAAUAAAUUCUGAAAAAAAACCUUAAAAUAUCAUCAACUUAGUUCAGAGACAAUAGUAAUUUCUUAUUCUUCUGGAAAAAAUGUUAUUAAUAUCAGGUAUUUGUUGUGAUUCAAUGGGCAGGACAAUAUUUUACAGCUAUCUGGCACCAAAAAUUGUAAUUUGUACUGUAAAAAUGUUUUUCGUCAGUGUGAUUAGACAUUAAUAAUAUAAUUAUAAAAACUUAAAAAUAAUCAAGAUAUUCAGGAAAUUGACCAAAUUGUAUGAUGAUUAUUUUACGUUCCUGAUACGGAGUACAGAUACCAUAAUUUUCUAUGAUUCAUAGGACAUUGUAUGUUUAACUUUUUGUUGGGUUGAUCGAUUUGUGAAUAUUUUUUGAGAUAUUGGGCCAAUAAUUCUUUGAUUUAAAAUUGAAUGGAAUUUUAUUCUGCCAUUUCUUUUCAGUUUUUUCCUCAGCACAUAUUUUCUGUUCGUUUUACUUACUGUCACAUUUUCAAUAAACAAAUAUGGGAAGAAA